GACGGCUGGCCACUCCUCCCCGCCCCACCCCACCCCUCCCCAUGUGCUUCCUGGGGGGCCAGGGCAGGCACCAGCGGGGGCACUCUGGGCAGCUGGGAGACAGCCCAUCUGGGCAAGACUCCCUGGCGGCCCCACGGCCGGCCUGACCGCUUCUCUUGCAGGUUCCUCCAAGUGCCUCCCUGCUCCUGUUUGCUUCCCCCAUCUCUCCAGGUUUCCGUCUUCCCAGUUCCCUUCUUGGGCUGGUGGCAGUGGGGGCUGUGCCUGGUGGGCUCUGUGGAGAUGCUCAGUGCUCGGGAUCGCCGGGACGGGGCCCCUGCAGAGGGGGCAGCUGCGGGACUCCAGGGCUUCACCGUGGACAAGACCUUCCUCUCCUCCCUCAAAGGCAUCCUGCUGGAAACCGAGCUGGCCCUGACCUUCAUCAUCUUCAUCUGCUUCACGGCCUCCAUCUCCGCCUACAUGGCUGCAGCGCUGCUGGAGUUCUUCAUCACGCUCGCCUUCCUCUUCCUCUAUGCCACCCAGUACUACCAGCACUUUGAUCGGCUGAACUGGCCCUGUCUGGACUUCCUUCGCUGUAUCAGCGCCAUCAUCAUCUUCCUGGUGGUCUCCUUUGCAGCUGUGACCUCCCGGGAUGGAGCUGCCAUUGCUGCUUUUGUAUUUGGCAUCAUCCUGGUUUCCGUCUUUGCCUACGAUGCCUUCAAGAUCUACCUGACUGAGAUGGCUCCGAGGACCAGCCAGGAGGACCAGCAGUGACCCUGAGCUACCUGGCUCCCAGGCCCAGCCAGACAAAAGAAACAGUGCAGCCCAGACCAGACACAUUUCCUUUGGAUUCCCUAGCUCACAGCCCACUGUGCUACCCUCCCCUCCAGCCAAGCCUUCAGAGAUGGAGUCUGGCCUGAGGAGUCACCAGGGACUUGUCUGGGGGGCUCAGUGCUCUGAGAUCUGGCUCUUGAUGAAGCUCUACCAGGAAGGAGGUGUUUUGGGGAGGGAGGGCAGGAGGAAGGUGGUCAUU